AUUUCAGGUAAAGUUGGAUGGUUUGAAAAAAACUCUAAAGUUGCUUAGUUUUUUUACGUGAAGAGGUUUCAGUUUUUUUAUAUAUUCAUCAUCACCAUCUUUAUUUCUCCUUCUUCAUUACCACUAUCAUUAUUAUCAAUACCACCAUCAUCACCAAUAAGAACAUCUUUUAUUUUUACCUUUUUUUAACCAAUAUUUGAAAUUAUACAAAAUUUGAUCGCUACCUCUUUUUACCUCUUCUAUUUUGAUGCUUGGUUUUUGUAAAACAACGUUACACUCUUUACCAAUCAUCAUCACUGUCCAAGAUGAAAUUGGAACAAGUACUUGGACUAACUGUAUGCAAUAAUUGUGCUCUUGACUGUAAUUCAGUGACCGGUAAUGUCGCUUAUCCGGCUGGAUCUGUGGCAGUUGUUUAUAAUAUCAAAAGGAACAAGCAAUAUCAUAUUAUCAAUAAUACCCUUAAAAGUAUUACAUCUCUUUCCUUUUCUUCUGAUGGUAAAUACCUAGCCACCGGUGAAUGUGGUAAUGAUCCUUGUGUCCGUGUAUGGGACUUGUCUAGUGGCCAGCAAGUUGCCUCAUCUUCUGGUCACAAAUAUGGAAUUAAUUGUGUUGCCUUUUCUCCCAACAUGAAAUAUGUUGUCUCUAUUGGAUCUCACCGUGAUAAAAUGGUCAAUGUUUGGGACUGGCAAAAUGAUAUUAAAAUAGCUUCCAACACUGUAUCAUGUAAAGUUAAAGCAAUAUCUUUCAGUGAGAAUGGAGAAUAUUUUGUCACUGUUGGUAAUAGACAUGUUAAGUUUUGGUAUCUUCAGUAUUCAAAAUCACCCAGAAAUAAAAUGGACACAGCUCCUUUAAUGGGCAGGUCUGCAAUAUUGGGUGACCAAAGGAAUAAUUAUUUUUGUGAUGUUGCAUGUGGCCUUGGUGAGGCUUCCGAAAGUACUUUUGCCAUUGCCCGAUCCGGGCUUCUUUGUGAAUUCAAUAAUCGACGUCUUCUUGACAAAUGGGUUGAAUUAAGGACUACAAGUGCCAAUUGUCUUAGCACUGGACAUAAUAUUAUUUGUGUUGGCUGUGCAGACGGUAUCAUUCGAUGUUUCAAUCCAAUCAACCUUCAGUUUAUCUGUACGCUUCCAAGACCUCAUACACUUGGUAUAGACAUCGCCAAAGGUUUAAACCGAAGUGAAGUGGGAGCAAACGGUGCAAAUACACCCUUUGGCUCAAAUCCUAAGUUCCCAUCAACCAUUGCCAUCAGUCUUGAUGAGAUCAACAAGAAGGUUACCUGUGUUUACACUGAUCACAGUAUGUAUAUCUGGGAUAUCCGAGAUCUCAAGCGUGUCGGCAAAUCUCGAUCCUUCUUGUAUCAUAGUGCCUGUAUCUGGGGCGUUGAGACUUAUCCAAAUUUGAAGGUUAGUGCCAAACAGCUUCUUCCACCAGGAACAUUUCUAACCUGCUCUAGUGAUGAUACGGUUAGAGUUUGGAAUUUAGACUCUAUCAAUUCCAAUGCUGUUUCUUUGGACUCAUAUGUUUACAAGAAGAAUAUUUUCAGUCAAGAUUUAUUAAAGAUUCUUUAUAUGGACCCAAAGUUAACAUACAUAUGUGACCCUGAUAUCAACCCAGAAAUCAGUGGAGAUGCCAACUCUGAAAAGAAUGAAAAUAUUUUUGAUAGUAAAAAUGGCGUUCGAUGUAUCAAAGUUUCACCUGACGGUCGUCAUCUUGCUUCCGGCCACCGUUCAGGAAAUAUCAAGGUUUUUGAUUUUGCCAACCAACAAGAGUUGUGUUCCAUUGAAGCUCAUAAUGCUGAAGUUUUAGCUGUUGAAUAUUCAGACGAAUUACCAAACGGACGCCAUCUUUUAGCUUCAGCAUCUCGUGAUCGUUUAAUCCAUGUUUUCGAUGUUGAAAACAACUAUUCACCUAUACAAACUUUGGGUGACCAUUCAUCUUCGAUUACAUCAGUGAAAUUUAUUCCUGACUCUGAAAAGCGAAAUUUAAAGAUGGUUAGCUGUGGUGCUGAUAAAUCAAUUAUUUUUCGUAAAUAUAGUUUAAACUGUGAUCAAGUCAACUUUCAACGUGAACAUCAUGUGGUUGGUAAAAGUACUCUCUAUGAUAUGGAUGUUGACCGAGGAAGAUUUUCAGUGGUCACUGCAUGUCAAGAUAGAGCUGUUCGUGUAUACAACGCCGAAACCGGUAAAAAUGUUCAUGUUAUUGAUGGUUCUCUUGGUAACGAUGGUACCUUAAUUAAAGUUGCCUUAGAUCCCGCUUGUAUUUUUGUGGCAGCCAGUUGUACUGAUAAAAGCCUUUAUAUUCAUGAUAUGACUUCUGGAGAUUGUUUAGCAACUUCUAAUGGUCACUCAGAGCUUAUUACUGGCCUUAAGUUUACCUUCAAUGGUCGUUACCUUAUUUCUGUUUCCGGUGACAGCUGCAUCUUUGUAUGGAAACUACCCCUCGAGAUGGCAAAUGCAAUUGCCUCUAAACUAGGCCUUCCUCCUGUUCCGCCCGAAAAACCAGCCAAUAUAAUAAAUAAAAGUUUACCCCUUGAAAGUGAAAAAGUGGUCACAAAUGGAUCUGGAAAUGGUUCAGUAUCCUCGCCUUAUCGGUUCAACAUUAAAUCAUUGCCUUCUUGGGCUAAAAAACAAAUGAACGAUAAAAAUGGAAAGCAAGAUGAUUCGCCUUCAUCUUCACCAGGAAAUAAUGGUGUUACAGCAAAUGCACUUCCACCUCAUUUACAACCCAAAGGCAGAUGGGCUCAGAGGAUGGAAAAUACGCCUAAUCUAGUCGUCAAAUCUUAUCUUACUAAUGAUACAAUCAUUCCUUAUCCCAAUCUAAAUAAUUCUAAACCAGAAUCUCCCGCACACGAUGAGAACGAUGCAUCGGUUAAGGAUGGUAUUUACGGUCGAUCUCGACAUUUAACCGAUUCUUCAUCAGCCAGUGGAAGUUGGCAACGUGAUGAAGAGGAAGAAGUGACUACCACGGAUAGUAGUGAUUUAGUCUAUUAUCCACAAAGUGAAUCUAUUCGUGCAUCUACUUUUGAGAUUCGUGAAACAAAUGAAGAUGAAUUUAAAGAUAAAUUGAGAAGAUUUCGUCGAAGUAAAAGUAAUCUUACUCGAUACAGUGGUGGAGGUUUGGUGCCUUCAGUGAGUGUGCCUAAUUUCAAUGAAUUACAUAGUGAUGAUGAAGAUUCGGGUACUGCUGGUGGUGAAAGUGAUCGCAGUGGUCCAACUGUAACCAGAAAUCCUCUUUACAUUAGCACUGAGAACCUAGAUCGACUUGAUCAACGUGAAAGAUUCAUGAAAAGCAACUUUGAAACAUUAAGCAAAGAUGUAAACAAUGUUUCAGUUGAAGAUGACCAUUCAACAAACAACAUGGACCUUGAAAGUCGAUCCAGUAUUUCAGCAAGAUAUUUAUCUCAAUCAUCUCAACCUACGAUUCAACAACAACCAUUACAUCAAAAUCAACAUCAUCAACCUCAACUUUCAACAGCAUUAUCACCAUCCUCAUCAUCAUCAUCAUCUUUCCGAACCCCCGUACGAUCUUCGUCAACCCUGAAACCUCCGCUUUCCAAGAGACGGGAAGAGUUAACUAAAGCCAUCAGUGAGGCAAGAAAAAAAUUGGAAACACUUGGUUGGAGAGGAUCUGGCCUCAAUUCAAGUAAAAGUGUGGCCAAUCUUCGAGAUAUUGGAGAUACUCAAACCUUACCUUUACCCAAGAAUAAUUCCAUUCGCCGUUCAAUAUCCUUAAGCGAUAUUUCACUGAAUCCUCAAAGAAAGUUAUUACCAACCUCUCCUGCUAAUCUAUUCGAUGGGUCUAAAACUUCAACUGCGCCCCUUUGGGAGAGACAAGUAUCCGAUCUUAAUUCUAGUCAUGGUUACACAAUGAUGAAACGAAGUACGAGCUCGAUGAGCUUAAACAGGAGUGAAUCAUCGUACCUUCGCUCUUCAGGUGCAUCUAAAUCUCAAGGCCUUUGGAGCUCUCCGUCCGUCUCUCAUUUGCCUUCUUCCAAUAAGUUUAGCUCAGGUCGAAUGAGUGCGCCUCCACCUCAGUCUCGUAAAAAGUCCAAGGAUUAUCUUAAUGGUGGUGGUGGUCAUGAUAGUUCAGAUGACGAAGAUUCAUCCUCUGAAUCUGAAGCGGUUCCUCGUGCACUUCGCCCUGGAACACCACCAAAGCCUAAUAUACUUCGCCAGAUUCGCCGUUCAUCAACAAGCCAAGCGGUGCCAAAUACCAAACAAUCUGACCUUACAUCACCAAAAUCACGGAAACUUUGGGGCAACUUUGAGCUUCGUUCAUCAAAAAGCGAAUACAAUUUAAACAUGAUUGAUCAUCGAGAAACACUUCCUCGUAGUCGCACUGGAUCAAUCAUAACAUCACCCAUGACUGGUGCAUCGGAAAAUGGACUAUGGCCUAACCAAUCAGCUAGCAGUGUCAACAACAACAACAACAACAACAUUAACCUUUUAAAUGAUCGACAAUUUGACCUUUCUUCAAGCAAUCCCGCUUCUAUACCACUAACUAAUGAAUUGGUUCACAAUGUUGUCGAUGAGCUGAAUCACAUUGCAACCUAUGCGAAAAAAAUUUACCAUCGAUGUUCAGCUGCCGGUAACAUUGCCCUCUGUAACCUUCUGGUUGAUGGUAUUUCCAAAGCUUAUGUAAACCUUUCUACUGUUGUGCCACCUCCACCAAUUAAUGGUGAUACUCCGGUCAUGGCAAAUCCAUUAGAGCCAACAAGUAGUCUUCCACCGGAAAGUAUGAUUCAAACGAUGAACUUGUUGCAACAAUAUUCAGACCGGUUGGUCAGUAUGGUAGAGCAAAGAAUGACUAAGGAAAAUCAAAGGAAAAAUUAACAGCAAAUCAUCAAUUUUAACCCUUAACAAACCAGAAAAUGAGGGAAGAAACCUUUAGGUAACUCGGAAGUUUUUAGCCUUUGAAGCAAUUUUAUUUCAAAUGAUCAAUUUAGUAAAAAUCAUUUUAAUUGUCUCCAUUUUCACAUUCCUAACUAAUCAAUAUCUUCGCUUUAAUUUGAAUCUAUUUUCACAAUUAAACUAUUGAUUAGUACACUUAAAUUUUUCAUAGUUAAGUCAUCAUUUUUUAUUACAAACAAUCAAACAUAAAGAAAAAAAUUGACAUAAAAUGAAAGCUUAAAAUCCGUGUAAUAAACUGAUGAAACUGAAGUUUCUAAUCACAAUUUCACGACAAUCUAGACGACAAUCAAAACGCUAUUUACAUGGAUUUUCAUAGAGAAGAUUCCAAUAGAAAUCCUGAAUAAAAUUUCAUGAAAAAUUGUCCAAAGGCUAAAAACUUUUUGGGUUACCUAAUAGAAAGUAAAAAAGCAUGACUUGAAAGCAGGGGAUAAAGGGAAUGUAAAGUGAGCAAAGAAAAAGCAAGACAAGAUGAGGAUGCAAAAAGAGAAACCAAAAACUUGCUUUUUAAGGACUUGACUUGUUUUUCCCUCUCUUUCCCUCUUUUUUUACAAGUUUAUUUUACAUGUAACAAUCACGGGAAGAAAAAAUUUUAGUGCCUUUAGUAUUGAGCCUUUCAUUAUUAUUCUAGCAAACCAUCGAUACAAAGCAAGUAAAUUCAGAAAAAAAACAUUCCAUGCAAAAAAGAAAACACGUCUUUUUAACCAAUCAAUCAUCAAUUUUAUCUCACUUUUCAUAUCCAUGCCACACACAUCAACAAUCAAGCAAAAACUUCCAUCCUUCUUCCAAAAAGCAAGAAAAAAAUUCAUUCCAAAAUCUGUAAAAGGAAACAAAAACCAUUUUUUUCUCACCAAAAUUCACCAUUUUACCAUCAAUGACAAUUUUGAUCUUGAUAUUUCAGCCAAACUAUUUAUUAUUAUUAUUAUAAUUAUUAUAGUAAUUAUUGCUAUUAACAUUAAAGUUAAUCAAUUUUAUUUGAAA